AUGCUGCCGGACAUGGUUCAAUCUCAAGAUCAUCAACAGCUGACCAUAGAUGAGAUUACGAGCCCUUUCGGAGCUCAGUUGUUGGAGCUGUGCGAGUCCGAAUUAUUCCAAAAUUCGGAUGUUCCAUCGACUUCCAAUAACAAUUGUUGCUAUGAAGAGAGACCCACGUACCCUUCAGACCAAAUGAACAACAAUGAGAUGAAAACUCCCGAGCCUCGGGCUAUCACCAACUUCUCCAUUAUCUUCGACGAUGCAACGGACGAUCAAUUAGAUAACGACAUCUCAGCAUCCAUAGACUUCACCCCUUCCCCAUCUUUCUCGGCACCACAUCAUCAUCAACAGUAUUACAAUAGUAAUAGCAACAACAACAAUAAUAAUCAAGAAGCCUUGAACAAUAAUAUCCCAUCAACAAACAACCAGCACAUAAUAAACGGGCCUCCGCUGCCCCAGUACCCACCGCCACCCCCUCCUCCUCUACUCCCUUAUGAAGACGAGUGCUUGGAAUCAUACCUCCGCCUCAGGCCUUCCCAACCUCUCAUUGACCAAUUGAUGCCCCCUUUUUUGCCCCCACCCACCAUAAGCACUUCAUUUUCACCUCAAACAUUCACACCAAACACUGGCUUGCUGCUUGGGAAUGAGCUUUCUCAUCAGGAUCACUUGGAUUUUCAAGCUGAUAAUGCAUCCUUUUUUCUUCCUGAUAACAUUCCCAGAGUUUUCAAUUGCUCAACACAACUCCAGGCACUUGGGAAUGAAAGUCAGCAUCUGAUGCAUGGAGGAAGUAGUACAAAUCCACUAGCUUCGGAGAUUUCGAGUUUGGAUGAUCCAACGUUCAAGGUCGGAAAACUCUCCGUAGAGGAGAGGAAAAGGAAGAUCCACAGAUAUUUGAAGAAAAGAAAUGAAAGGAACUUUAGUAAGAAAAUCAAGUAUGCGUGCCGGAAAACGCUUGCAGACAGUAGGCCUAGAGUCAGAGGAAGGUUUGCAAAAAACGACGAACUUGGAGAACUUGCAAGAACAACCGGCAGUAACCUCGAAGACGAUGUCGAUGAAGAUGGACAAUGCUUGUUCUCCAAUUCAAUCCAGGAUCACCAAAGAAAGGUGGUUGUGAAAGAAGAAGAUGAUUUGGACUCUGCAGAUAUCUUUGCACACAUAAGUGGAGUAAAUUCCUUCAAAUGUAACUACCCAAUUCAAUCUUGGAUUUGA